AUGGUAGAAGUGGGAUAUCUCCCACAGACAAAUUUUCGUCGUUUACCUUUUGACCACUGCAGUCUCUCUUUGCAGCCCUUUGUCUACCCGGUCUGCACUCCUGAAGGCGUUGUCUUUGACUUGCUGAACAUUGUUCCAUGGCUUAAGAAGUACGGGACCAACCCCAGCAGUGGAGAGAAACUGGAUGGGAGGUCCCUGAUCAAGCUGAACUUUGCCAAGAACAAUGAGGGGAAGUACCACUGCCCGGUGCUGUUCACUGUGUUCACCAACAACACCCACAUUGUGGCUGUCAGGACGACUGGCAAUGUCUAUACCCAUGAGGCAGUGGAGCAGCUAAACAUCAAGGCCAAGAACUUCCGGGACCUGCUGACUGAUGAGCCCUUCUCCCGGCAGGAUAUCAUCACUCUCCAGGACCCCACCAAUCUGGACAAGUUCAAUGUCUCCAACUUCUUUCAUGUGAAGAAUAACAUGAAAAUAACAGACCCAGAUGAAGAGAAGGCCAAGCAGGACCCAUCUUACUAUUUGAAAAACACCAAUGCUGAGACCCGAGAGACGCUGCAGGAGCUCUACAAGGAGUUCAAAGGUGAUGAGAUUCUGGCAGCUACCAUGAAGGCCCCGGAAAAGAAGAAAGUAGACAAGCUGAAUGCCGCCCAUUACUCCACGGGGAAGGUCAGCGCUUCCUUCACCUCCACUGCUAUGGUUCCAGAGACCACGCACGAAGCAGCCGCCAUCGACGAGGAUGUGCUGCGCUACCAGUUUGUGAAGAAGAAGGGCUAUGUGCGGCUGCAUACCAACAGGGGUGACCUCAACCUGGAGCUGCACUGUGACCUGACACCAAAAACCUGUGAAAACUUCAUUCGGCUUUGCAAGAAGCAUUAUUACGACAGCACCAUCUUUCACAGAUCCAUCCGGAACUUCGUGAUUCAAGGGGGCGAUCCCACAGGCACAGGCACAGGGGGGGAGUCAUACUGGGGAAAGCCCUUCAAGGACGAGUUCCGGCCCAACCUGUCGCACACGGGCCGGGGCAUCCUCAGCAUGGCCAACUCGGGGCCCAACAGCAACAAGUCUCAGUUCUUCAUCACGUUUCGUUCCUGUGCCUACCUCGACAAGAAGCACACCAUCUUUGGACGGGUUGUUGGGGGCUUUGACACACUGACAGCCAUGGAGAAUGUGGAGAGUGACCCCAAAACUGAUCGCCCUAAGGAGGAGAUCCGCAUCGACACCACCACGGUGUUUGUGGACCCCUACGAGGAGGCUGAUGCUCAGAUCGCUGAGGAGCGGAAGAAGACACAGCUCGAGGAAACGAGCAGCAGAGGAAGAGCCCUCAACCAGUGCCGCUGUCCCUGUGGCCAAGAAAAAGCCCAGUGGAGGUUUUGGGGACUUCAGCUCCUGGUAGCAGCAGACUGGCUGCUCUGGAUCCUGCUCCUUAUGGCAGGAACAGAGAAGCAGGACUGUACCGCCCUUGGCUCUGGAGGAGCUGGAGACCCCAAGACAGCCUCUGCUCCAGUGGCACCAUAGGAAGCCUGGCCGCAUCCACUUGUGGGCAUGAUUCAAGAGACACUGGACAUCAGAAAGCUUUAUUUGUAAACCUCAGACAGACAAAGACCAACGCCUGGCAGCAUGGUCAGAAGACAGGGGAGACUGGAGCCGGCCCGUGGGCUUGAGUCCUGCUCCUCUUGGCGAUACUUCCACCAGCUCCAAGCCACUGGUGACCUUCCAGCCUCGCCCAGAGGCCUGCGCAGUAGGGAAAGGCCAUGAGGACCCACAUCCCCAGGACAGAGGACAGGGACCAAGGGCCUUUGGCAAAUGAGGGCUUAAAUUUCUGCAGUUCGUUUUAGAGCUUAAAUUGUAGUUUUCUAGAUACUAAAACCACUUGGAUUUUGUAGUUACCUGGUGAGGACAUCAGGCAAUUAAAGGACUUGGGAAAAUUCUCAUUUCUGAUCCUUUUUAAUAUCUGACAAAUACCAUCAAGAAUAGGUGUUAAGGUAUAAAAAUACUGUGUGUGUGUGUGUGUGUGUGUGUGUGUGUGUGUGUGUGUGUAUAAAACAACAAAGCCACAUUUCUUAAGCAAAUAUAUUGCGCCAGGGACACUAGUUUAAGUUAAAUGCAUUUAUAAUCUUGACAUUACCUCCCACUGCUCUCAAGGAAAAAUUAGUUUAAAUAAUUUAAAUAAAAGUGAUGGAUGAUAUCUGUUUAGAAAUUUAAGAGAGUGGAACAUUCUAGCACUUUACCAGCUCAUCUGGUUAUGGUCUUGUGAAUAUCACUUCCCCUGAAGCCAGCUCACGGUCAGUUCAUUUGGUUUAAAAAGGAGCUUGUAUUUUGUGGAAGACCAACAACAAAAGUGAUAAAAGUUUUGUUGGUAUCAAUUACAAAAAAAAAAA